AUGGCCAAUACAUUCUUUCAAUCCACGAUCCCCCUAUCCCAUAAUGCAGUCAAGUCGAUCAUUUUCAGGUCCGCCGAGCUCCUGAUGGGCAUCUUCAUUUACAAGUUUUUCUCCCUCGCCGCGUCCCGGUUCCGCCAGUUCACUUCGUAUCUCAUAUUCAGUGAGGACUGGAUCCAGCGAUGUUUAUUUAUGUUUUCUCGAGGCUUCUCCGGCGCCACCCUCGUUGUCCUCAUCUUCUCCAUCAUCAACACGGCGGCGUCGCUGUACGGCACUCUCCUAUGGGCAUUGGACUCUCCAGGAUAUAUCUACCGGACCUACAACUCGAGUCUCGCUGAGCACGGGUACGAGCUCGAUCCCGACGCCUCGUACGUCUUUCAGCUGUCUCUCGACCCAAACACGCUCAACGAUACCGACAAGAACCUGCCCAAGAUCGUGGGGGGCGAACUCUUCAAGUACGGUUUCAACACGUCGCUGACAGGCGACGUCAAGAGGGGCAAGCCCGAAACCACGGAACCGACGCAGCAUAAAGACGUCGGCGCACGCAUCUGGCUAGACGGGGAGGGCUUCUCUGUCUCGGCCGACACCUAUGCUUCCUGGCCAGGCCCUGCCAUGGAAGUCGACGGACAGAAGCUGGAGUUCCCUGAUGAAUGCAUCCGCUUUGACGGGGGUGUGGCCGAAUGGAAUUGUACCUACCACAACUCCUUUGCGGCGGGUUUUUUCGAGGGCAAUCUUGGGAGGCCUGAAGUGCACUUUGAUGACGAGUCAUCGAACGAUUACGACUCGCAGUACGUCCGCCCGAACCGCAUCAACAAUGUGUGGGCCAUCUACGGCAAGGGCGGCGGGACGGCGGUCAUGAUGCAGGUCUUCACCGUCACCAAAGGCAAGAGGCGACACACGUUCGCCGAGACCGUUUUCCGCGCGACCAUGCUGACGAACCCGGGAGUAUUGUUCGCCCGAAACGAGGCCAACGACCUGUUGCGGCGCGCAGCCGGACGCAACGCAACCGCCAGGGAUAGCCCUCAGCUGGGCCAGAUCAUCGAGGACAUUCUCCGUGCCCAGGACGAGGGAGUGAGCUACAACUUCGGCACCAACUGGGCCGAUAGCGAGCAAACUGUCAUACAGAACACAUGGUCCUAUUUCAGGAUCCUCAACCCCUCCAACGGGGACGAAAUAUACUCAAUCGUCUACACAAGCUCGACGAACAUCACGCUCCUACGCUCUGAGGAUAUUGAGAACCCCCCAGCCCCGCUGAAGCCAUGCGACCGGCCGUUCAUGAACGAGGCCUUCGGAGGAAAAGUCACGCAGACGAACUGUGCCGGCGCCACAGUUCUCAAACUAAACACGAGGUUCUACGGCACCGUGGACACAGCCGCCGUCAUGGUCAUCAGCGGUCUCGGCUACGGCCGGUCCAACAUCAGCUCCGAGUCCAUGAACCAGCAGCUCAUGGAAUGGGUGUGGGACAACACGCCGAGGAUGAUGGACUUGUUGGUGGCGAGGGGCUUUGCCGUCAGCGUCGACCCUUCCCUCGUCGGCGUCGCCAUCGAGCAGAUGGUUGUGGCCGUGAGCGGUCUGCAGCUGUUUCUGAGCAUAUUUGCCGGCGUCCUGGCGCUUGCGGCGUGGGCUGCUUUGUCCUACGGCGCCGACGACGGCUGGUCCAAGAGCCUCCUUGCGAACCUCGUGCAUACCACGCUGUAUCGAGGCACGGCGGAGUCGAAGAGGUCAUACAUGGGGGUUACUCCGAACGUUGAUAUGGUGGUCCAUGGGGAGGGAAACUUCCUUGUGGUGGGGGAGAGGCCGGUUGUCCUUCAUCACAAACACGAUGAAAUCUAA